CUCUCUCUCUCUCUCUCUCUCUCGUUCGAAGUGCUCGAUUAGGCUUUUUCUUCUGGUAUUUUCUUGGAGAAAAGUCUCUGGAAACUCUCUGUAACGUAUUCUGCAUUACAUACGCAAUGUUAAUUUAAUUCAUUUAUUUCAAUUGUGUUCUUAUUAUGUUUGAACUUGCUUCAACUCGAAGAAGAUUUCCUUGAAUAGUGGGGUCUCCAAUGGCGUAUUGCCAUCAACGAGAUUUCAUGUUCUGUGAAAUGUGUGGGACGAUGCUAUCAUUCAAUUCAACCAAGUAUGCUGAAUGCCCGUUGUGCAAAUUCAAGCGAAGAGCGAAAGAGAUUGCUGGAAGAGAAACAUGUUACACUGUCAGUGGUGAGGAUAUCAGAAGAGAGCUGGGCAUAUCUUCAUUGGAUGAUAAUGAAGAAAAGGAACUGGAAUCAGUUGAUUAUAAUGCAAAAUGUAAAAAUUGCCCAAGAAUGGGGCUCUAUUAUAAGACUAGACAGAUGAGAUCUGCCGACGAAGGACAGACUAUAUUUUAUAGAUGCCCUGCUUGCGGAACUCAGAGAGUUGAGAAUUCCUGAAUUUCUGGACACUGCCUGUUUUAUCUCCAUGUUGGAAUAGGAUCUAUAUUUCAAUUUUUACAGUAUUGUUUCUAGGUGAAAAUACUUGAAGCAUGCUGUAUCCAAAUGCCUUGUCUUAGCAUGUAUCUUCGUAGUCUUCCCUUUUCCUUCCCCCCAGGAUCCCCAAUGGGGGCGGGGGCGGGGGAGAGACGGUGGUGUUGUCAAUGUUCUAUUUAUGAUGAAGGGUGUAGAAGGCUAAGUCAACCUGCUUAUGUAUAUCCGGACUACCAAACAAGCUUUGAUUU